GGUUCUUAGAAGUGGUGAUGCAAGGAGUUUCUAGGAAAGCCCGGAGACCAGGUUUGAAAGAAACUUUUGGACUGUGAAUUGAGGCAUUGGACUCAAGAUGGCCUCGCCAGCAGACAGCUGCAUCCAGUUCACCCGCCAUGCGAGUGACGUCCUCCUCAAUCUCAACCGCCUUAGAAGCCGGGAUAUCCUGACUGAUGUUGUCAUAAUUGUCAACCGUGAGCAGUUCAGAGCCCACAAAACAGUCCUCAUGGCCUGCAGUGGCCUCUUCUACAGCAUCUUCACUGACCAGCUCAAGUGCAACUUGAAUGUCAUUAACCUAGACCCUGAGAUUAACCCUGAAGGGUUUUGCAUCCUCUUGGAUUUCAUGUAUACGUCACGCCUCAACUUGAGGGAGAACAAUAUCAUGGCUGUGAUGGCCACAGCACUGUACCUGCAGAUGGAGCAUGUGGUUGAUACCUGCCGAAGGUUUGUCAAGUCCAGCGAAGCAGAGAUGGUGUCUGCUGUGAAGACCCCAAGAGAAGAGUUUUUGGCUGGGCGGAUGCUGAGCCACCCAGAAGUGAUGGCUUACCGGGGCAGAGACGUCUCGGAGAACGGCAUGCCUCUCCAGAACGGCUCCCUCUGCAACGGGAGGGCCUUUGCACCUGGCUUGAUCAAUACUUUGUCUGGAUCUCCCAUUUCCUACCACGGAUACAGCCCUCUCCCUCUAAAUAGCUUCCUUGUGGAUGAUGAGUUGCGGGAGAUGAGGAUGCCUCUCUCUGAACUCUCAAGGGUAGGUGCCUUCCCCAAGGAGAGGAUCUUGCCAUGUGACAGCUCCAGGACAAUCCCCACAGAGUACAUGAGAACCAUUACCGACAUCUCUGCCAACAUGUGCCAUGCUACCAUCUAUGCUCCAAAAGAAGGUGCUGCUGAAGACGCCAGGAGUGACAUGCACUACAGUGUAGCCUCUGGCCCCAAACCUGUUGUCCCUUCAAUCCGGAACAAUUCCUAUUUCUCUUGUGACAAAGUGGCCAAAGAGGAGGAGCGGACCUCUUCAGAGGAUGAGAUCAGUCAGCACUUUGAGCCCACCAACACCCCACUGGACCGCAAGGGACUCAUCAGCCCCCAAAGCCCCCAGAAGUCAGACUGUCAGCCCAACUCGCCAACCGAGUCCAGCAGCAGCAAGAAUGCCCGUAUCGGUCAGAAUUCCAGCUCCCUCUUCACCAAGAGUCCCACAGACCCCAAAGCCUGCAACUGGAAGAAGUACAAGUUCAUUGUCCUCAACUCUCUGAAUCAGAACACCAAGCAAGACAAUGCUGACCAGAACGAGAUGGAAACUCUCUCUCCUCGCACGUACAUGCCCAUGUCUACUUGCCAGCAGUCUAUGGAGCCGGAGCAUCUCAACGUGCAAUCCCCCACCAAGAUGAGUGUGAAUGGAGAAGAUUCUACUAUCCCACAAGCAAGCAGACUCAACAAUAUUGUUAACAGGUCCCGGGAUGGGUCCCCUCGGAGCAGUGAAGGGCAGUCCCCACUGUACAUGCAUUCAUCGAAGUGCAGCUCCUGUGGCUGCCAGUCCCCACAACAUGCUGAGAUGUGCCUUCAUACCCCUGGCUCAAACUUUGGAGAGGAGAUGGGGGAAACCCAAUCUGAGUACUCUGACUCCAGCUGUGAGAACGGAGCCUUCUUCUGUAACGAGUGUGACUGCCGGUUCUCUGAGGAGGCCUCUCUCAAGAGACACUCUCUGCAAGUCCACAGUGACAAGCCCUACAAGUGUGACCGCUGCCAAGCCUCCUUCCGCUACAAAGGAAACCUUGCCAGCCACAAAACCGUCCACACAGGGGAAAAGCCGUACCGCUGCAACAUCUGCGGGGCGCAGUUCAACCGGCCGGCCAACCUGAAGACACACACGCGCAUCCACUCCGGAGAGAAGCCCUACAAGUGCGAGACCUGCGGCGCCAGAUUUGUCCAGGUGGCACACCUCCGUGCCCACGUGCUCAUUCACACGGGGGAGAAGCCCUACCCCUGCGAGAUCUGCGGCACGCGCUUCCGGCACCUCCAGACCCUCAAAAGCCACCUGCGAAUCCACACGGGAGAGAAACCUUAUCAUUGUGAGAAGUGCAAUCUGCAUUUUCGCCACAAAAGCCAGCUGCGGCUUCACCUGCGGCAGAAGCACGGAGCCAUCACCAACACCAAGGUGCAGUACCGCAUCUCCGCCAGCGAGGUGCCUCCGGAGCUCCCCAAGGCCUGCUGAAGGCAGAUUUCCCAGGAGGAGGUCGUCUUAGAAGGGGGAGUGAGGGGAGAAGAAGCUGUCCAAAGGAUACUUGCAACACUUUAAAAGAAAAAGGAACAAAUAUAUAUAUAUAUAUAUAUAAAAGAAAAGAAAAAUCAUCACAUGAUGGAGUGCCUCUAAACCCAUAGUGUAGAUAGGUGGAACAACCAUUAGACAUUAAAAGAGAGUAACAAAUAGACACGGGUUUUAUUUUUCCCAGUUAUGUGAAAGGAAAAGGAAAAACAAACCAUAAAAAAACAAAAACCUCUUCAGAUCUUACUCUGUGUAUAUAGAAAACCAGAAAAGAAACCCAGAAACAGUCCUUUUAAAUGUCUGUGCAGUGGAGUGUUGAUCAACUCUGGAGUCUGACCUUCACAGCCUUUGCAGUUUGAAGAUGAGGAAUGUAAUGUUGAUUUAUUUGGGUUUUGUUUUUUAAUGGGAACAGAUCUAUUAUUUUUUUUUUUUGGUUUCUUGUGGUUUUGUUUGGUUUGGUUGGGUUUGUUUUUUUCUUUUGUAUGCAAAAAGUUGUUUUAAAGAGAAAAGUUAUGCUAUUAAAAGAGAGGGCUUUAACUUUUUUAACCAAAGGUGAAGGAAUCUAUGGCAGAGUUGUAAAUAUAUAUAGAUAUAAAUAUAUAAAUAUAUAUAUAUAAAAUAAAUAUAUAUAGACCUUUAAAACAAAAAAAAACCCAACAAAACAAAAACAAACAAAAAACUAUAUUAAAAAAAAUAUAUAUAUAUAAAAAAAUGCAUUAAAGGCUCAGUUGGACUCUGCAGGCAGAAGCCACUCUGAGAAUCUUUAUUAUGAUAGAGCACUUAAGGAGAUAUUUUAAAUAUUGCAUCUGUACAAGCAAGAAAAUAUUUUGUCUAAAAUGCAUCAGUGUAUUUGUAUUUUUUUGCAAGUGAAGGUUUACAAUUUACCAAAAAAAAAAAAAAAGAAACAAACAAAAAAAAAAGAAAGAAAGAAAGAAAAAGAAAAAUGUGUAUUAAACCAACAAAAGCUGCAGAAGGAAUUUAAAAUAAUAAUAAUAAUAAUAAUAAAGUGUAAUUUUUUUUUUUUUUUAGUUUGGGUUUUGUUUUUGGUUUUUUUUUUUUGGUUGUUGCUGUUGUUGUUUUGGGGGGGGGGGUGUUGUUUUCUGUCCUAGUUCUCAGUCUGUAUAUAUGUACAAUGUGGUUUCUCACGGUGCCUUUCUUUACCAUGGAAGUUGUUCAAUGUGUGGACUACACUGAGCUCAGUUUCUUCAAGGUACAGCCUGAUGUUGCAAAAGGAAUUUUGGUGGAACUCCUCUGUUUGAGAACGUUCUAUUAUUAUUAUUUUUAUUUUGAGGUUUGUGUUUUGUUUGUUUUGGUUUUGUGUUUUUUUUUUUUUCCUUUUGGGUUUUGGAUUGUUUUGUUUUGGUGUUUUGUUUUAUUUUUGGUCUUAUUUUACAUGCUUGUUUUAUAAACAACCUCGGGAGACAGGGUUUGGGCUGUGUCUAAACUGCAUUAAUGCGUUCUGUAAAAUAUAGCUGUACAAAUAAAAGAAUAAAAUGAAGAAAAAUCAA